AAUCUCGAGUCCCUUUCGCACUUGCCCGCUACUCACAUGAGUUCUAGAUCGUUUAGUUUUCUUGGUUUUCAUUUGCUCGCCAAAUUUUAGCAACGUUGCUGGUUUAAUCGGCUGCACCUGCAAUCGCGGUUAAUCAGAGAGCGCCGAGCACUAAAGUUCCCAUUGCCAAACGAAACGUCCCGAUUUGCUCGAUUUGGAACUGGAACGGACCAUGAAAACAAGCAAUCUCGGCCUGUACGCUUUCCGUUUAACCUUCGGUCAGGUGAGCACACGCACAUUAAACCAGGCAGCCAAACGGCAGAAACAGCAUGCGCAUUCUGGGGGAAACCUCUGAGUUUUUCGGCCGGGCAAACCAAGGACCACCACAAUCGUCGUUGAGAAUGCAGCGACUGCAGCCGGGAGACGAGUGUCUGGAGUGCCAGAGUGAAGGCAGGAAUCACAAGCUGCGCUACUUUUACAUUAAUCUCGAGGAGCAGCUGCUGAAGUGCGAGUCCAGGAGCUGUUUGUGGCCACACAACGAUGAGGUCUCCUCUGAUGAAGAUCUGAACUCGGAGGCAGCACUUCCCAUCACUGCUCCACAAUCUGAACUUUUUGAAUCUCCUGCUGCUACGCUACCUUCUCACCCUGCGGCCUUAACGUCCAAACCUCCUCCAAAUGAUGACGAAUUUAUAUUGGAACUGCUGCAGCAAUUGACUUCUGCCACAGAAACCCCCCUUAAGACAAAUGUGAGUUCCAGUUCCAUGCCAAAUCUGCACUCGCCUUCAGAGGAAAAACCCUGCCCACAACUGGAGCUUCCCGACUUAAGCUUUCUGGAGGAGAACAGUACCGUAUGCAAGGAACCCCCACAAGCAUUGAAAUCAGAGCUGGGAGUACCUUCAACUGUCGUCUUACCCGACAGAUUAAUAAGUCCGCCCAAGGCAAAAGCAGUACAAACUGAGGACACCAAAGCCAAGGAACAUGUGGCUCAUCUGAAGGGAGCUACGUCCCAAAGCUGGCAAGGCAAAGCUGAAAUACCAUUACUACCCGCUUGUGUGAAGGCAAGUGUGAGGAUGUCUCCUAGCAUCAAAUCUAAGGGGUCUCCCUUCAGCAGUCCGCCCAAGAAAGCAACCACCCAGCCGCAAGGCGCCGACGUUGUCCACACAGGCCACGACGCACUGCAGCCAUGGCUUCACCACCAGCUCGUCGUCGCCCAACCGUGUGGUGACCCGCUCUGCCACCAUGCUGGCGCUCUUCGGCAUCGCGCUGUCCUCGUUCAGCCUUAAGCAACUGCUGGCCAAGAAGCAGAAGCACCAGGGCCUGCGCAAGCUCUAGAAUGGAGCUAUAGCCAGAAAGAUUAGAGCGAUGCCAACGCCAACGGUUGAAGCGGCGAUGAGGAGCCAGAGCGCCAUGUCCUGAGGUCACACAUUCGAUAUUUUCAUCAUCCGCCAUCAUCGUGUAUAUUUGCCUAAGUUAAGUCACCCACUCACCACAGACCCAAGCGGAACUCGGACAUGGAGGCUUGUUUUGUAAUAUUCUGUUCGAUAAACUAACUGAUCGGAGGCGAGGAUCUGUGCGCAUAUAUAGAUAUAUUUUCUUGUUUACACAUGCACACCAUGCGUCGCCAACUAAAAGGAAUAAAUUUGUGAUAAAUCGUGUAUGAAAAAAGCCCAUCGGCAGACAAACUGAACGAAGGAGCGAUGGAGGAGAAGAUUCGCUGAGCUUGCGGGAAUCCCAAAUUUUCCUAUACUCUUUUGUUGCCCGUUUUAGUAAUAUUUAUUUUAUGUGUAAACAAGUCUAUUAUAUACGUAUAUUUAUUUACAAGUUAUUUGCAAACCAGAGAAACGACUAAGUAGGGAGGUAUAAAACAAUAAUGACUUCGUUGGACUGCAGAUCGCCGAGCAGGCUGUGUCAGUAUCCAAGAAACAAACUAGUUCUAGUUCCGUAUUCAAAUAAAUGCAUUAUAUUCAAUUCG